UUUGCUGUUUCUAUUUUUUAACCCUCCAUGUGUGAAGUAGCCUGCAACAGUUUAGGUGCUGGUGUCUGAUGGAUUGUGACAUAUGUUUAAAUCAAAACUGUCAAAUAGAAUCAAGCUUCACCAGGUGUAAAAUGUGGGUAAUUAAAUAGUUUGCAGAUCCUUGGAGGCAUAUUGUCUGUUCAGUGACCGCAGUAUGGAGAGGUCACAGGUCAGGAUCGGCUUCUAAGCAAUGUCCCUGAAGCUGGACGGGACCAAAGACAAUGUUGGGCUACAAUGAGUUAUGCAACAAUGAAUGCACAUAUGUGGGUAUAAACAAAUGCUCUUCAUUGCGGUUCUAUUGAUAAUAGACAUUAAAAUUAAUGUGUUAUAAAGCAGCACCACACUUACACAAGGAUAAUGUAUGUGUGUGAAGGAGAGAGAGAUUUUUCUGCAAGAAAAUGCUUUGAAGCUGCAGAAAAUUCCAGGAGUUUCCUGUUAACGAGCCUGGGGUAUAAUGUGAACCAGGAGCGUAUGUGUCUGUGUAGAGAGAGGAACUUCUCCCGGCUCAGUCUCUCUGCUGGCGAGAGAGGUUAACAUCUCUGAAGUCUUCUCUCUCCAUUUACGUUCCAGAUUCCAGAUUUGAUCCACCUGUUUUUUUCUUCAGGAUACAGAAAUGCUGCAGCCUUCAGUGGAGUUUUGAAUUUGGAUUCAAAGUAUGGAACCUUCUCAGCUGGACAUAUCCUGAGCUUUUUAAAACUCUUAAAUCACUUUUCUAAACGGCUGCCAAAUCCGUGUAGUUUAUUUCAGAUGCAACACUGCUGCCCAAGACGCUGCAGAGGUGAAAACAAAACUAAACACAUGCAUUUCUACUCCAGAUGAGGAUUUAUGAGCUGCUGAGCGGUUCCAGCUGAUCACCAAGCCAGUUAUGUCAGUAAGGAUGCUUCAUUUUUAUACCUCAUACUAUCUGUUUUUCGCUGCUUUGUGGAGCCUCAGCUAUCCGCGUUUGCUCACCGCCUGGCCCGGUUUCGGUGGAAACAAGCCAAAGCAUCAGUUGGACCCUAAUGUGAGGGAUUGGGGAGACUAUUCAGAUCUUCCUCCAGGUAUCGAGCACGGAUUGGGUCUGGAGGAGGAAAGCGAACAUGAGGAAAACAGGGGAGUUGGAGAGACUUCAUCAAGCCUGGCUCCGGAGCUGGAUUUCUUGGCUGACUUUGCAGGUAAAAAGCGGCUGUGGGUGAUAACAGCUCCAUCACACAACGAUCACUAUCUUCGUAUGAUGGAGAAACAGCUAGAAGACAUGGAGCAGAAAGGGCUGAACUGCCAUCUAGCAGAAAGAGACACCUUCAUCAUAACCAUCAUCCAGAACGCUAUGAUGGAAGGUAGACUCCAGAAAACUACCUUUGAGGGGGAUGCCUCAGUAGAGAGCCUGGAUCCCGACACAGUCACCAAACUGCUGCACUACUUGGAGCUCACCAGCCAAGAACAAGGAUUCACCAUGCUGGUUAUAAAGAAGAACUUACGAGUCAGCGAGCACUUCCCUUAUCCGGUCCGUGUCGAGGCAGUUUUGGAGCUUAUUGAUCAGUUCCCCAUGAGGAAGCUGGAGAAGAUGACAAGAAUGGGAUCAAAUUUAAGGUGUAAAACUGUUAAAAAGAAGGUUGUGGUGAAAAGAAAAAAGAUGAAGAAGAAGAUGGUACUGAGUCCACAGAGACAAGGAAAUGUUAUAUCUGUGGUACAAAGGAAACCUCCUGUGGACAAAAAAGCUGCCCUGAAGAGUAAGAUCCAAGACAUAUUGAGCGGUCGGUCGAGGUUUGUUAUCCGUAAGCAGCCUGCGAAGGGAAAGGACUCGAGCAGUGGUGCUGGGGCAACUUCUAAUGUGCAAAGAAAAGAAAAAGUGCCCCCGUCUGUUUCAAGGCACAAUGAGGACGUAAAGAAAGGCAGGUCCCACACUAUUGUGCAAGAAGGAAAGAAAAGAGGGCGAAGCAAUGAAGAUAAAAUAGAGCCGAAUGUAAAGGAUGAUACACAGGAAAAACAGACCUCUAAGAAAAAGGGCAAAGGGAAGAAAGGGAAGAAAGGGAAAGGAAGAGGGAAAAAGUCCAACAGAGAGGCGAGUGAGAAGGAUAAGAUAGCUCUGAAGGAGUUUGUGGACAGUUUGAAAGGGACGAGAAGGUUGAUGCUGAUCGCAACGCCAAACAGAGACGCAACACUCUACAUUCAGCAGACUGACGAGAACGAGAGGCAACACUGUAAGCUCGCUAUGAGGAGGAUCACUGUGGCAACCAUUGUGGGUGAAGGCAGUGACGCCACGCUCACGCUGCAGCACCACCAGCUCGAGUCAGAGCCUCCACUCAGUGAUCAAUCAGAGCAGUUCUCGGAUCCAGGCCUGAUUUCUCUGUUGAGAGCAGAACUCGGCUUGUCGUCCUCCGACCUCUUUUCAAUGACCGUCACUGAUUAUGACAUCAAACCCAACAGAGUCUUUGAGGCUCCUCCAUCAAGCCCAGCUUUGUUUGAGUACAUUGACAACUUUCCCUCAAGGCACUCAGAAAAGGAGAAAGAAAGGAAAAGUCCUCCAGUCUGUUCCAAAGACAAGCAACAGCCCGGAGCUGAGAAUUCACUGCUCAGGUUCAUGUCUAAGAGAAGACUGCUGCUCAUCUCUGCUCCCUCUGAGGACGACUACUCUUUCCAGCAGCAGAUCUCUGCUCUCAGUGGACAAGAGUGUCACCUGGGUAUUCGUCACUUUGCCAUGUUAAAGCUGACUGGGAGUGGAGAAAAAGCAUCAGGAACUGUUGAGCUAUUUCCCCUAAAUGGUCGUAGUCAGAGUGAGGUUGAGCCAUUAACCUGCGACAUGGUCAACAAUCUGAGAGAGCAGCUGAAGAUCAGUACGGACUAUUUCAGCAUGCUGGUUGUGGGGAAGGACAGCGAUGUCAAGGCGUGGUUCCCUUCGCCCAUGUGGUCCCUGGAUAACAUCUACGACCUGGUGGACUCCAUGGAGCUUCGCCUCCAGGAGGAGAAGCUACAGAAGAGACUGGGGAUCAGCUGCCCCGAGGACCGAGGAAGAGGAGGCAGCAACACAGGAGGACACUAUGGAUACGAUGAUGAAAGGGCAGAGGAGACAUACUUGUAUCACAGACCAGAGGAAUAAGAAAUAUCUUCAAAAACUCAUUACUAAGACUCACAAGAAUCAAUGUUUAAAGCCAACAUAGCUAACGAUGAUGCAUCCAUCCGAUACCACAAUAAAAAGCUGGAUCUUUUAUAGUUUUGUAUUGAAAAGUUGAGCAGAAUACAAUGGAAUGGUUGCAUUUUUAAUAAGUCAUAAUAAAAGCAUAUGUGCAUCCUUCAGA